CCAGCGGCAAAGCUAAUUCACUAGUCACCUUAUCCCUAGUCUCCCAGGUCCUGGCUGUCCAAAAUCAAAACACUGACAUCUUCUUGUAGCUCUCUGUCUCUCUGGUAUGGCUGCUUUCUCUGCCACUCCAUUAAGAAUAUAUGUCCGAUGCCCCUCACCAUAUCCACAGGUUUUAAGAAGAACCCACCUUCAUUUUUUAUCCAUUAGAGCCGUACAAUCUGCAGAACCAGAGAAAGUAGGAAAGGUCACCCAAACUAAAACUCAAGACUCUGACUCCACCACCAAUGCUCAACCUUCAGCCACUGCUCCUAAGAAGAUUCCCAAGAAACCAGUUUAUUCAAUGAAGAAAGGUCAGAUUGUGAGGGUUGAUAAAGAAAAGUAUCUCAACAGUGUAAAUUAUUUAUCUGUUGGGCAUCCACCUUAUUACAAAGGCUUAGACUACAUUUAUGAAGACCGUGGAGAGGUCUUGGACUUGAGAAUAUUUGAGACAGGGGAGCAUGCACUUGUUGCAUGGGUUGGGGUCCCAACUGCACCAGCUUGGCUUCCAACUGAUAUGCUUAUCAAGUCAGAGAAACUCGAUUACGAGAGAUUGUGAUCAAGACCACAAAAGCCGGAUCUUCUCUUACUCAUUGUGCAUUAUAGGAUUGGUUCCUUCCUCUACAAGUACAUACAUUCUGAAAGUUUAAUUUGGCAUCAUAUUAUAUCUUUCAAAAAUCAGUGCUAUCAAUUUAACAUAAUUCAUCGUACAUUUUCAUGGAUGUUCACCUAGAUAUAUAUGGUUAUUAUAAUGACAUUGUUUUACUUGCA